AUGGCGAGCCUGAAUCUGACCCUGAUCCAGCAGUACCUGGUACGCAUCCCGCUCGUGCUGGUCACUGCGAUCCGGCGGCUGCUGCAGCUCUCGCCGGUGCAGGACAGAGUGAGCGUGCAGAUGGAGCUGCUGGUCACCUUCGUGCGCUCGUUUCUCACCCUGGACGAUUCCGUCUCGAAGAUGGCCGAAGUCAGGCUGACGGAUUCAACGAUCAAGGGCUACAUGUGGAUUUCGAAUGUAACGGUGCCUAAGCCGGCGGAGGACGAUGUGCUCGAGGCGCUGGUGAAGGCAAUCAGACACCGCGGCGAGGGAGGAGAGACCUUCGAUAUGCCUGAUGUGCGCGCUGUUGAGGCCGAGUGGACGGGAUACAGGAAGGGCACCAGCGAGGAUACCCCGAUUCCUGAUAUCUCGGACGCAGACAAGUAUGAGCGCCUGAUGGAGGACGUGGACGAUGACAUGACCAUCUUCUACGCCCACGGCGGCGCAUACCAACUAUGCCCGCAGCAUCCAUUCCCGGCUGGCAUCCUGGAUGCGCUGGUGGCAUAUCUAUCCCUCCUCUCGCCUGCUGAAGGUGCCCUUUACGAAGCCGUACCGGCUAAGAAGAUAGUAUUCGCCGGAGACUCUGCUGGCGGUGGCCUCUGCCUAGGACUGCUCCAGACCCUCCUGACACUACGAGAGAUUAUCCCAUCCAAGACAAUUCGUUUCCAUGGAAAAGAUGUACCACUGGAUCUUCCCGCUGGCAUUGCUACGACCAGUCCUUGGUGCGAUAUCACCCGUUCCUUGCCAUCUACCUUUGAGAACGCAAAGUAUGACUACGUUCCUCCACCACCACAAAAACCUGGCACCAUAUUUACCCCUCUGCCUUUCCCACCAGACCAUCUGUGGCCUACGGUGCCGCCACGGGUGGACUUGUACGCAAAUGCGAACAUGAUGGCUCAUCCCUUUACCUCACCGGCCGCCAGUCCAAAGGGUAUCUGGAAGGGCAGCCCGCCAAUGUACAUUGCCGUGGGCGAGGAGCUCUUGCACGACGAUGGUAUGUAUAUGGCCAGAAAAGCCCAUCGAGACGGUGUCAAUGUUGUCUUCGAGCGUUACGAAGGAAUGCCACAUUGUUUCGCCUUGCUUGCUCCCAACAUCCCUCAAUCUCAGCGCUGUCUCAAGGGCUGGGCCAAGUUCUGCGUCGAUGCAGUGCAUGACCGUGUGAAAGGUUACGGAGAAGCCCAAUUCUUCAACCACAGCUUGACAAAGACUGAUAUCCGCAGCCUCGAUGAUAUUGGUACCUUGACGGAUGAUGAAGUUGAAAAACUGAUCAAGGCUGGCAGAGAUUGGCGUAUUGAUGGAGAACAUUUGCUGCAGAAGGCGUGGAAGGAACAGGAACUGGAUUCCUAA